AUGGUUGGCAAAAAGUCGGGCAGAGCCCAAUUGCGGGAAGAAGGACUCGAGCGGACAGACAACAACAUGGACCUUACCACCUGGCCUGUAGUUGGUAUGAUCAAUCAAAAGAACUACUACACCGAGUUCCUCAAGCGCGAUGAGCAGUUCCUCGCUGUACGAUACCCAAAAGAUGAGGAAAGGGCGCGCAUAGUCCUAGAGGCUCGGGACAAAGAUCGAGCACGCGUGGUAGGCGUGCCUGUUAUGGAAGGGAUGACACCACAGGCUACAGAGGACACAGCAGAAGACGUUGAGGGCUCGUUUGCAUCACGUACAGACAUAUCAAAACUCAUCGUCAUACAUCCCGGCAGCCAAAACCUACGGAUAGGCCUCGGCUCGGAUGCCCUACCCAAGACGGUACCCAUGGUGAUCGCACGGCGGUGGAAAGAGAGCGAGGAUGAGGAAGAUGGCGGUGAGCCAAGUCCGAAGCGUAUGAAGGUCGAGGGUGAGGUGCCAGCAGACGCCCUGCCGGAGAAGUGGUUUGGAGACGAUUUUCGCGACCAGUACGGUGCCAUGACAUCGGAGCUACGAUUACGCAUGCGCCAGAACAAGCGACGAGUGUUGCCCAACUCCAAGGAUCUUGUCUCGAAUUUCAACAAGCGCACACCCCCAGAUAUCAUCUCCGAACACAAUGAUAUCAAUCGUAUUGAAUGGACGGAGAUUCCUGCCGACCCAAAGAAAGCACCCGAUUUCUUCACUGGAAAUGAAGCUUUACGGAUACCUGAGAAGUCUAACCCCCGCUAUAAACUAUUCUGGCCCAUCCGGAGUGGCACGUUCAAUGAGAAAGACUACUUUGACCGAAAUCAGAUAUAUCACGACAUCUCAAAGAUUCUCGAGGAGGCAUUCCGAAAUCAGCUUGGGAUCACGAGGAUGAAGGAUCUUAUCAACUACAAGUGUGUAUUCAUCAUCCCAGACCUCUACGAACGCCAAUACGUUACAAUGAUCCUCGACAUCUUAAUACGAGAUCUUGGGCUCGGUAAGGUCUGUCUGCAACAAGAGAGCCUUUCAGCUACAUUUGGGGCGGGCUAUGGUGUUGCUUGUGUGGUUGACAUUGGCGCUCAAAAGACCUCGAUAUGUUGUGUAGACGAAGGACUAUGUGCGGAAGAAUCGCGUGUCAAUUUGAAGAUGGGCGGCGCGGACAUUACUGAGACGUUCAUCAAGAUGAUGCUCUUCGGGCACUUCCCAUAUUCGGACAUGAAUCUGAAGCGGCGAUACGAUUUCCUACUUGCUGAAGAACUCAAACAGAAAUUCUGCUCCAUGGUCGAAAACUCAGUCACGGUGCAGACAUGGGACUUCCAUCUGCGGGCGUCUGGCCAAGACACACGUAAAUACGUGUUCAAGACGUAUGACGAGACUAUGUUGUCGGUCAUGGGUUUAUUCAAACCAUCAAUAUUCGACAAUGCGUCAAAACUAGCGAAUCGACGGAAAAUCAUUCCUCGCUCGGUCGACCUGUACGAUGGAUCCCCCAACGAUCCUCUCUCUUCGGCCCAAGCUGCAGUCAUUGAGAUUGCAGCCGGUAAAUCCUCGAAUGGUGCCCAGGACGCCUCCAUCGCCACCCCCCAACGACCCGCCCAGUUCAACCUCCUCGACCGUCUCAAUGGCAACGAAAACACGCCCCGCUCCUCGGUAGCAGGUUCUCCCGUCCCUGAAGGCACCAACACGCCUAACCCCGAGCGCGACACCCCCAUGGGUGAUGCCGACGGCGCCCCACUCAUCUUCCGUGACCCCAUCCACGAAAAGACCAAGAUCGCCGAAGAGCGCGACAAGAUCUUGCCUGUCAUUCCCCUCGACCAAGCUAUCCUCGAAUCCCUAGCCCAAGGUGCCCGUGGCGACGACCGCAAACUGCGCGACUUCUUCGGCGGCAUCAUGCUCGUUGGCGGCGUAUCCAAAACCCCUGGACUCCGCGAAUUUAUCGAAGCCCGACUACGCGAGCUGCGCCCCUUUUACGGCAAGGAGAUUCUUGUCGGACCGCCGCCGCGUGACUUUGAUCCGCAGGUGGUGGCCUGGAAGGGCGGCAGUGUGUUUGGCCGGCUGAGUAGUCAUGGGAAUGACAGCUGGAUUAGCAAGGCCGAGUAUGAUAUUCUGGGUGCUAGGUUGUUGAAUAAUAAGUGCAUGUUUGCUUGGUAG